UGCUAUUAGUAGUAUUAUUAUCAGCCUUCUGGCAGCCAAUCGGAGAUUGAGAAAGAUGGUGACAUCAUGGGCUAGGGAACAGCAAGGAGGUAGCUGAAGCAUCCAAGCCACUAAUGUGAGCACUGGAGGUCAGGAGCUGAUAAAGGAUGGCAGCAGUUCUGCAGAUGGACUAAACCAGGGUUUCCCUUUCAUCAAGAACACUUGUAUUGAAAGGGACACAGCGGAUGAAGCAUGCCAGGGUGUGUGUCAGGAGGCUGUGAGGGCUGCUGAAGAUGUCCGAUAGUGUGGAUAUUGGAGAGAAACCUCCAGCCCCCCCUCUUAGAAUGAACAGUAAUAACCGUGAUUCUUCAGCAUUAAAUCACUGCUCAAAACCACUCCCCAUGGCACCGGAAGAGAAGAACAAGAAAGCCAGGCUACGCUCCAUUUUCCCAGGAGGAGGGGAUAAAAGUAAAGUAUCAGUGUAUGACAUUAGAAAAGCCAACAAAAAGAAAGAAAAGGAACGCCCGGAAAUUUCCCUCCCCUCAGAUUUCGAACACACCAUCCAUGUCGGUUUUGAUGCUGUUACUGGGGAAUUCACUCAAGAUCUCUGUGGUUCACAGAUGGGCUCAGGGAAGCUCGCAGAGGGAAUCCCAGAGCAAUGGGCUAGAUUACUGCAGACCUCAAACAUCACCAAACUGGAGCAGAAGAAGAACCCUCAGGCUGUGCUAGAUGUCCUCAAGUUCUAUGAUUCCAAAGAAACUGUGAACAACCAGAAAUACAUGAGCUUUACGUCUGGAGACAAAAGCGCACAUGGAUAUAUAGCUGCUCACUCUUUGGGGCAUUUAAGAAGAUAUACGCGGAUAUCAGUGUUGCAGAACACAAAGACUGCAUCAGAGCCUCCCCUGGCUCCUCCUGUUUCAGAGGAGGAGGAUGAAGAAGAGGAAGAGGAGGAGGAUGAGCCCCCACCUGUGAUUGCCCCACGUCCUGAACAUACAAAAUCGAUUUAUACUCGAUCUGUCAUUGAACCAGUAGCUGUUUCUCUACCAGCUAAAGAGGCCUCUACUUCUCCCGUAACCACACAGCCAGAAAACUCAAGCACGAGCACUUUGUACCGGAAUACCGACCGGCAACGCAAAAAAUCAAAGAUGACAGAUGAAGAAAUCCUUGAGAAACUAAGAAGCAUUGUAAGUGUGGGUGAUCCUAAAAAGAAAUAUACAAGGUUCGAAAAGAUCGGCCAAGGGGCAUCCGGUACAGUGUACACAGCUAUAGACAUUGCUACAGGACAGGAGGUAGCAAUAAAGCAAAUGAACCUUCAACAACAGCCCAAAAAAGAAUUAAUUAUUAAUGAAAUCUUGGUCAUGAGGGAAAAUAAAAAUUCUAACAUUGUGAAUUAUUUAGACAGUUACCUGGUGGGAGAUGAGCUCUGGGUGGUGAUGGAGUACCUGGCUGGUGGCUCUCUGACUGAUGUUGUUACUGAAACCUGUAUGGAUGAAGGACAGAUUGCAGCUGUCUGUCGAGAGUGCCUACAAGCCCUGGACUUUUUGCAUUCAAACCAAGUGAUACACAGAGACAUUAAGAGUGAUAACAUCCUGCUUGGGAUGGAUGGAUCAGUUAAACUUACUGACUUUGGUUUCUGCGCUCAGAUUACGCCUGAGCAGAGUAAACGGAGCACAAUGGUGGGUACACCUUACUGGAUGGCACCGGAAGUGGUGACAAGGAAAGCCUAUGGACCCAAGGUGGACAUAUGGUCCUUAGGAAUCAUGGCCAUAGAGAUGGUUGAAGGGGAGCCUCCUUACCUUAAUGAGAACCCCCUCAGAGCACUGUACCUGAUAGCUACAAAUGGAACCCCAGAACUUCAGAAUCCAGAGAGACUGUCAGCUGUGUUUCGAGAUUUCCUCAACCGAUGCCUAGAGAUGGACGUGGACAGGAGAGGCUCUGCCAAGGAACUCCUGCAGCAUCCAUUUUUAAAACUAGCCAAGCCUCUUUCUAGCCUGACUCCACUGAUCAUAGCAGCAAAGGAAGCCAUAAAGAACAGCAGCCGCUAGCUACGCUGGGCAUAAGCUGUAGCCUCUACAUAAGAACACAAACUCAGCAGAAUCUGAAAACCUCAUCCCCUCACACUGCAGGAUUAACGAGCUAACCAGCCACUGUCAUGGGGAGACAUACCAUGAUGCACCUACUUGUGUCUUCUUCUACCUGCCCUUUUGGAUUCCUUAAACUCAAUUUUAUUUCAUUUUUUGUAAGUAGGAACAGGACUGCGAAAUUCAACUCGGCACGCUAGAAACUGGUGCUGCACAUCCGCACGUUGAUCCACUGCAGAAACUUUCCAUAGAUGGGUUGGACUUUCAUAACGGAUGAUUCAUUUUCUGUCUGGUUUCUUCUUUGCUUUGUAUUAAAAUUAAAAAAAAAUGAAAAAAAUCUGCAUUUCCAAAUAUGCAGCAACUGUAACAGGUCCAAGGAUCUUUGUAGACCUCAAAACCCACUUACAUUACUAGUCGUAUCUCCUUGUUUUCAUCACAGGGACUGUUUACUUUAAUUAAGGUACACUUUGCAUGUGAAGGCAUCCAUCCUCUGAGGGGAAGGUAUAAGAUGUGGUUGUGUAUGAUGGAAGAGAGCAGAUAACACAACGCAGAAAGCAGAGACCGUUUCACCAGAAGAGCAGAAACGUACUCUGUCCCACCCAAGUCCCCCUUCCCUGGCAGUGAAGAGAUUUAUUGAGUUGAUCUAUGGCACAAAUAGUUUGUGAUAAAGGAUAUUUUUAGUUGUAUGUCUGCUUUUUAUUGACAACGUUAACCCUUACAGCACUGUGGUCUGUAGCCAACAAGGAUUAUGUAACCAUUACGUUUUGGCUAUAGCUAAUGAAAGGAUAUAAAUAUUUAAGCUGUCAUCAAAACAUAGAGUGGAGCCAUUCUGUAGACUGUACCGUGUCUGAGAUUGCAGUCUGUCCAUUCACUAGGAACAGGUGCUUCAUAUACUAUGGGUCGGACCUCAUAAAUACCAGUCAUGACGUGCUUCAGUGAUGUCACUGGUUCCUAGUGAAGAAAAGGGUCAUGUACAUUGUUCAGCCACAGAAUGUAUGCCUGUACUGGGUGGAGGCUACAUGUAUUCUUUAAAGGUAACUAUUUAAUGAAUACAUCUAAAACUGGAAGGGACAAUUCCAAAUAGAAAUAAUAAGCAAAAUAGAGAUGUACAGUAUAAUUAAGCACCAGUCAAAUAGGCUUUUUAUGCUGGUGACCAACCAAUAGAAAGAUGUACCUUUGUCAUGCUUAUAGUGUUUGCUCAGUGGCAGCGAUUGGGGUAAUUGUAGUGGGACUGGAUUUACACUCUAAGUGCCCUUAGUAAGGAAAUCAUUGGUGCCAUGGUGGUUCCGCCAGAUGGUGGGGUCAGUGGUAUAAUGACAACAGUUGGAGAUAGAACAAUUGGGGCCAUUCUCUGCAAGGGGUGUCAUGUUAUGUAUGUGGGUGGACCUGUCCUCAAAGUGAAGGGAUUUAGCUACAAAUGGAAGGAGCUGCUGGGAAAGAGUAUCAGGAUGACAUAAUGUAUAGUAUGGGCCUACAGUAAGUCUGUAGAUUGGCUAAAGCAGUGGUUCCCAAACUUUUUUGAAUCAUGGCGCCCUAGAGUAUCAGAAUUUUUCAUGGCACUCCUAGGCCAAAAGUUUCUUUGAGAAUUUUAGAAAACAAUAAGUAAAUUAUGUUUAUGCAUCAUACUUAGUUUCUUUAGUGUGGUGCGGGACAAUAUUUGCUUCUGUUUGUCCUCAUAUUUCAUAACUGCCAGCCACAAGCACUGGUUUUGUCUAUUACUUUGACCAAAAAUAGUUUGAAUUGGUCCAGGACCACCAAUCCAAGGCACCCCUGCUAGUGUCCUGAGGCACCCCAGGGUGCCACGGCACACAGUUUGGGAACCACUGGGCUAAAGGGAACAAAGUCUUACAGAAGAGUGCAAUCCAUUACUCUUGUCACCUAAGGUUCUCUUAGUGGCUAGAUCUAAUAGGUUAUUUUGUAGGGUCUCCAGGGAGUGCUGAGAUAUUUAGAGGCUACAACACCUUAAUAAUUUGGGUACAGUUAAUGUUAAAUGAAGACCUCAGCAACUGCUGAAAGUGGUUGGACGGGUUUGAGGAGAAAUGUAAGUAUGUCUGAGGCUUUGUAGAAGUCGCGUAAAAGGUUGUGCAUUUCCCAUGAAGAGAAGAUCUAAUGCACAAAUGAUUAGUUUUUAGGCAAUCAUAAUUAGCCUGGCCCUUUAAUAAGUGGCCCCAAGUUGUGUGGUAUGUGACCACCACAGUCCUAAACCAUGACUGGAUUAUAACUAUGAGAACAUGUAAAAUGCUCUUGGUACAUAAUAGAACAUCAUUGCAUUGUGUCCAACGUAUUUAUUAUAGAACAGGUUGUGAAAGUGAUGCAAGUGCUGCAUCUUUGCCAAAAAAUAUAUAUAUUUAUGUAUUUUUGUCCUUUACAAUGGUGACGCUUAGUUUUCUCCAGUCUCAUCAAGUUUCAUCAGUGGAAUCAGUGGGUGGUAAGUCUGAGUGGCCCUAUGUCCCUGGUGCACACAUUUGUUUUACUGACCGAUCUGAGACACUGCUGUGUGUUGAGGCUCCAGAAGAGGAUUUCGAAUGUAAAGGCUGUGAAGGGGUGGGGAGGGUUUAGGAGGCCAUAUGCAUGGCUUCAGCUGUUAUUGCCCUCAACAGAGACACUGAAACUGUGGUAUGGCCCCUUUGGAGAUUAUCACUAAAAGCACAUAGAUAUACACAUUUCAUAUUCAGUAAGCAUAAAAAUUCCCAUCUAUUCACCUAAUCUAAAGAAAUAGUACAACAAAUGUUAUCCAAGAGGCGGCUCAGCAUUUAGCAAGCCCAAUAGGAGGCAUCCAUGCAUACAGUGAAGGAGGACUGUCACUAAUGAUUUGUGGACUCCACUUCCUCUACUGCCUGUAGACAUCAGUUGUACUCUAUAAUAGUAGGAGCACAAUCCUUUCCGCUCCAACAUAAAAGGCUACAAGUGUACAGCAGAUUGGGAACCACAAGCUCUCUCCUUGGUGGCUAUGGUAAUAAUGAAAUUGGUCAUUCAUUUACUGUAAGAGAGAUAACCAAACCUCUAGGCUGCUUUUGAGAAAACGUCAAAAUAAAAAGCAGAAUAUUUGACCUGUAUCUGCUCAUAUGUUACAGUACAAUGCUAUCAUGAUGGUGAUUUCGCUAGGUAAUCCUUAUACCCAGAUCUGACCGAUAUAAUACAAUGUCACUGGUAUUGUCUUCUAGAUUUUAUACCAAUUAAUUUCCUGCGUUUUAUGUUACUAGUCUGCAGAUCUUUGGGCCUGGACACAUGAACAUUGUGUUGUUUUGUAUGCAAUUCCCCCUUCUCCUUUUCUCUUACUGUUUCAACCGCCUCUUGGUUUUUAUUUUGCUGUUUGUUUUCCUGAUGCGCAUUUUCACAGAUUCAAAUGAAUAGAAGAAGCAAACAGCAGCAGCUCCUAAAUACCACAAGCAAAUAUCAAAAGAAAAACGCCACAAAACAAAAACAGAAAUGUGUUCAGCCCUGUAAUAAACCAACUGCUCAUUUGUCCAGGACCCUUAUUCUUUGUCUGUACUGUAUCCCUGUGACAGAUGGCGUGUACUGCAACUGUAUAUGACUGUUUGUACAUAAGAGUUUAACUCCAUGCAAGGAUAAAAGCACUUUUAUUACAGGGUUUCAUUAAAUGUGGCACAAAUGCUUUUUGUUUUUACACACAGGGAAAAUCCUGCCUGCUACUGCAUGUAGCACACACAUAUGGGACUAGAGCUGAGCUAGGAUGUGCCUCUCCCAAAUCUGUAUCUGUCCGCACAAUCCUGCCGUCACCGGCGUAUCUGUAAUGGUCUUCACCAUGUGUGUUUGAAGUGCUGCCCCUACACUGUAGCAUUCUCCCCACCCCCUUUGUCAUUUAAGAGGAGGUGGGCGUCCUUAUAUUUAAAUCAGUGUUUUUAAAUAAAGCUGCCCAAUGUGUGUGUAAUACAAGGAAACACUGGCAGCCUUUUCCCUGCAUGAACAAACUGUGUUAAUAGUAAAUUUGCACUCUUUAUCUGGAUUUGUUCCCAACUCUAAAUGUGACGUUACAUCCACAGCGCAAUUGACAAAACUAAGCUUUAAAGCAGAAUGAACAUUUUAUAAACAGGUGAUGCUACCGAGGGUGAGCCAACCUUGUUCUGGAGGGGUUUCUAGGCAAGAGUCAAGUGUAUCAAAUAACAAAUUUAGUCCAGGGUCAAUUGCAGCUGCAUUAAGGUGGGAAUCCAAUUAGUGGCUAAUUAAUAAAAGCCACUUAUCGGCGUUUACUCCCACGCGUUAAACCACAGAGGAGGAGCUUUGUGAGCUGCGAUAAAAAGCACCCUCUGGGGUAUAACAUGUGGGGAAACUCAUUGAUACAACGUCUUGCUCAGAAUCAAUGGGUUAGCACGCGUUAACCCAGUGUUUACAUGUGGAAAAGACGCUUCGGAAUGAAACCCGGCUCUAUUACUCGCAUGGCUAAUUGGGUUUCUCCCUAUGUGCUAAAGCUUUUAUGCAAUGCGCUGCACCGACGGUUCAUCAGGGAGCAAAACACACGCUGUUGCAACAUUAUCACUAGCAUAGGCAGGACUGGAGACAGGUGCAAUUAGUAAAUGACACUACUAAUAUUGCAGUGCUGUGUUUGUGAAGAACUAUUGGUGGGUCAAUAACAGUCAGUCGUUUUUAGCAAUAUUGCAUUACAAAAACAGGCUGCUGAUACAUUUUUCAUUGCUGAUUUGUAUAGGAAAAUGGCUAUUUCAGGUAACUACAUAUUUGUGUAAUAAGAACUAUGUGAACUUGCAGCAUAGUACUGAGCCACAUCUGACCAAGACGUAUUCACUAUAGAUGGCAAAUAUAACAGUUGUUUACUCUGGAAUUCCUGUACUGUAAACACCCAGAUUGCCCUAUGGUACAUCCUUUCACAAAUGUUCAAGCUGGGCACAACAGUAAAGACAUAUGUACAAUGGGUAUGGGUCAUUAGGUCUACAGUCAUUAGGUUGACCACUAUUGGUCGACAUGCAUUAGGUCAACAUGGUCAUUGGGUCGACAUGUACUAGGUCAAAAGGUCGACAUGAGUUUUUUUACUUUUGGGUGUUGUUUUCUUUAUAAAGUGACGGGGAACCGCAAUUACUGCACCGUGUCCCCUCGCAUGGCUCGCUUCGCUCGCUUCGCUCGCCAUGCUUCGGACAUGGUGCCUCACUGCGCUCGGCACAGGUUACUAAUCCCAAUCGUAGUCCACGUGGAUCGUAAAAUAUGAAAAAGUUCAAAGAAUGAUUUUUUUUUAAAAAAACUCAUGUCGACCUUUUGGCCUGUCGACCGAGUACAUGUUGACCUAAUGACCAUGUCGACCUAGUGACCCUGUCGACCUAAUGCAUGUCGACCAAUAGUGGUCGACCUAUUGACUGUCUACCUAAGUGUUGUCGACCUAAUGACCGUAUCCCAUGUACGAUUAUAAAAAUGAAAAUUUCUAUUUCCUGUCCUCCAAUUAUGUCUCGCGUGUUACAUUAUCCUGCAGAAAUCCAGCCUCUGUUUAUGUUACGUGGAAACGGUACAGUAACACUGGGAGACCUAGUUUUACACUAGACAUCGCAACAGAAAUGUUUGCCUGGGAACACAAGAAACUUAUACAGUAUGCCACAGGGUACUCUUUUCUUUCUUUCUUUCUUUCUUUCUUUCUUUCUUUCUUUCUUUCUUUCUUUCUUUCUUUCUUUCAUUUUUUUUUUAUAUUUAAUUCUGUGAUGAGACCAUUUGUUAUUUUUGAAAAUUUUUCUUCCAAAAAAAGAAGAAAAAAAGCAGGUUAAGGAAAUGAAGAAAAAUCUGGUGUUAUAAAUAUGAUAUAUUCCCAUUGUCUUUCAACUGUAACACAUUUGCUGUACAUUCCCUUUUUUUUUAGGGUGUGUUAUCUGUAAAAUACAAAAAAAUGUGUAGUGAUAUCAUUCUGUAACUUUUUGAGGAAAAGAUUUUUUUUAAUUGAAAUUAAGUUAUUUAUGUUGGGUUUGCGCUGAGAAUACAAAAUGGCCUGAAUACCUCAGUGUGUAAUCUCUCUUCUCUCUUUUUUAACAAAAUCAUUUGCAUUUUAUUUUGAGAAAUUUAAGUUAAUUUAAAUUGUGGUUGAUGCAAUAGAAAAUUGAAAUAUGGAUUGUGCAUGACUGUGUCUUGAGUGUAAAAAAAAUAUUGCAGUUUGAAAUCUGGACCUGCAGUAUUGUGAAUAAAAGUUAGAAAUGCUA